AUGUAUGCAGCUUUCUGUAGAUCUUCAGUAAGUUUCCAAGCAAAACUAUUGGGGAAAUCGAACUUGAGGUUUGCCUCGACUCUGGUGUUUGUAGAAUCGACCAAAGAUGGAAAGAUAGCCCAAUCUUCGUUGAGCGCCCUAUCAGCUGCAUCACAGUUGGGCAAUCCUGUUGCUGCUCUGUUAGCUGGAUCUGCGUCCGGCAAGGCUGCUGAAGAGCUUCAAAAAAAUCCGGGAUCGGCUUCAUUGCAACAGAUCUUUGUUGCAGAAGAACACGCCUAUGAUCAUUAUUUCGCGGAAAAAGUGACUCCACUAACACUAGAAUUACUAAAAGAUCCCGAAUACACCCAUUUCGUGGUGGCUGGAUCUGCUGUCGGGAAAAGCAUUCUUCCUCGUUUGGGAGCUCUUCUGGACUAUCAGCCAAUCUGUGACAUCACCAAGAUCGUGGACGCAACCACUUUUGUCAGACCCAUCUACGCCGGCAAUGCUCUGGCCACCGUUAAGUGCUCUCAAGACAAAAAACUCAUAAGCGUCAGAGCUUCUUCGUUCCCCGUUACUGCGGGUGAAGCAUCCACCGCCUCGAUUUCGAAAGCUCCACCAGUUUCACAAGUUUCUGAACUAGCCGUUAAAUGGGAAGGCGAAAAUUUAGUGAAAAGUGCCAGACCAGAUUUGGGUUCUGCUUCCAAGGUCGUUUCCGGCGGACGUGGUUUGAAAAACAAAGAGACCUUUGACAGCCUUGUCACACCACUAGCGGACUCACUUGGCGCUGCCAUCGGUGCCACCAGAGCUGCUGUAGACUCUGGUUUCUGCGACAAUUCGUUGCAAAUAGGUCAAACCGGUAAAGUUGUGGCUCCUGAUUUGUACAUUGGACUAGGUAUUUCUGGAGCUAUUCAGCACUUGGCCGGCAUGAAGGAUUCCAAAGUCAUUGUUGCAAUCAACAACGACCAAGAUGCACCUAUAUUUCAGGUAGCCGACUACGGUCUCAUUGGUGAUCUCAAUGAAAUUGUUCCCGAGCUUACCGCGAAACUAAGCCAAAUCAAAUAA